UACUGUUUCAUAUUACACAGAAAAGAGGAGAAAGAGGAGAAGAGUUCAGAGUGGGCAAGGGCUGUCAGGGUGCUUUGAACGUAGCUGCUCAUGUAGGGGCUUUGCAGUUGUCUGGGUUUAUGGAUUCGUUGAUUGUGGAAAAUGUACUUCUCUAUAGUGGUUCUUGUCCUGACUAAGGCUCUGGUCACAGAUGUAUGUCAGGGCCUGAACGUGACCGUGACCCCUGGGCCUGUCGUCACAGUAACGGAGAAAGACAACGUGACCCUCUCCUGCCUGGUAUCCCAGAGGAAGAGGAGCGGCAGCGUCCUCAUCCUACGCUGGUUCUUUUCUCCCCUCGCGACUCCCACUCUCGCGCCCCCUCCGCCCCCCCCAUCGCCCUCCCCACCUGCACUCGAGCCCUCUCAGUUUCUCAUUGUGAAGACGGGCGUGAAGAAGAACACGCUGUAUGGGAACUACACCCGUCGUUUCCCCCGGCCGAAGUUCGGUCUGUACGAGGAGACGGAGGGAGAGGUGUACCGGCUGCUGAUUGUCAAUGUGACAGCAGGGAUGGACCAGGGUUUCUACAGCUGCCGGGUCCAAGAGAUUCGCAAAUACAAAGAGACGUGGAGAGCAUCAUCUAAUGGUACCAGCACCACACAGCUGACAGUUCACUUCACUCUGGAGAUCGGUAGCAAUGACGGACUGUGGCGUUUGUAUGCAGAUGUGCAUUUAUGUGCUGUGCUGAUUUGCUCACUGGGCCUGUUGUCCAUCCUCCUGUUCACUGUGGUUCUCACCUGCCAGUACUUUCACAGAAGACACCGGCUCAAAGAUAGAUACCUUCUAGUGAAGUGUCCAGAAAGCAGCUCAGGGGAGACUGUGACCAGCUCCAGCAGUUCCUCCAGUUCCUCCCCGAAAGCCCAAAGGAAAGACACGAGACAGAAACCCAAACUCCCAGACGUCCCACCAACUCACAUUCCAGCCAAAGUGCCUGUUGCUGUAAAGAGACCUCAGAAGCCCAAAAGGUUAAAGACUCAGCUCAGGAGGACCUCCACUCCUCAGGUGUCACAUGAGGACAGUCUGACAUAUGCAGAAUUGGAGCUGGUCCGACCGAGGCCAGAGCCCCCGGCCUCCCUCGGUCCCGACCCCGCGGCCUCCGGAUCGGACACCGUGUACGCUCAGAUCGUCUUCCAGGAGAAACAGCUGUAAAAGGAGCCGCUCUGGACACUUGAAUUCCAUAGUACAUCCAAAGGAGGGCAAUCCAACGGAGUGUCGAUCAAAAGGACAAUAUUUAUGAACUUUCAGUGUGCCAUUAUGGUUUUGUUUCUUUGCUGUUGGUAAAUGAGGGUUUUGUAUUUCCUCCGGCACAGAUCCAUCCCAGCACAGCUGCUUGGGGUCUUAUUAUUUUUGUUGUUCCGUUUGUUGGCUUAGCUGGCCUGUGAGCCAGAUGUUUAUAGAUGCUCUUAACGUUAACUAUUCUUCUCAGGAGACUAUUUGGAUAUAAACUGUUGUUCAGGCUCUUACUGCAGUAUUGUAAUGUUACACAUUUCAAAAUAACUUAUUACGGUACUAAUAUUCCAAAUUAAUAAAUGUAUGCCCUGGGUCUUUGAUUCAUAAAAAUACUGUCUUUUCUUUUUAAAGUGGAUUAAACUUUGUUGCAUUG